GGCUAACAGAGGGCAACCAGUCAUGCCCAUCAAUGAGAGGAGACAUGCCUUCUUGGAGGCAACCAGAGGACUCUUAGAAGCCAUCAUCGUCAUAUACGCGGCGGUCUUCCACAAGAGCACCACCUUCAAGAGCGUCAGGGACGCCGGGCCGCAGGUCUUUGCAGAUGAUCACGACCUUCACAUGAGGUACCAGGGAGUAUGGAAGGCACUGCCGCUGCCCUCCAGACCAGCAAGUUUUGGCGCAGGUCUCACCCACAGACGAGCUCUUCAAAGAGUACAUCGUCAGAAAAGAGAUGGGCAUCAUGGCAAAAGGCCGCCCGAGCCGAAAAUGCACAUGACAGGAGAGGUCGUGGAAGAAAAAGCAACCAUCCCCACUUCGUGUGCAGAAACUUCCUCUUCAUUCAUCGGCAGCUUGAUGACGGGUACGAGGCGUUUUCAGGGUAGCAGAUUCUCCAUGGGCGACGGAUUCCGGUUCCACCGAUGGCUGAGAGCGGGAGCUCGAGCGUAUGCAGCCGGUCUGCCGCGCAUCGAGCGUGAAAGUCCCGUGCCGGUGAUUAUGAGUUAUGAGCUUUCAUAUUGGGCUUGACGUAGGUAUGUUAGAUUGUCUGCCGUAGGUAGCGCGCGA